UCUCAGAGGUCUCCUAGAGUCUUUGCCGUCAUGGGCCAAGGAUUCUCCCUCACUACCCUUUCGGCCGGAUCGGCCAACAUCGACGUGCCGGAGCUCUCGGAUCUUCAAUAUGAGAAGUCUCUCGGUGCUGCCCGGUUCAUGAAGUCGGUCCGAGCACGACAUAAAGAUGGCUUGGUUGUCACGAGAGUAGUGAUGAAGCCAUAUGCGCAAUUCAAUCUCGAUGUUUAUGCACGAAGGCUCUCUGAUGAGCGCAAAUUGCUGGCCGAUAUACCGAAUGCGCUGGGUUACAAUCGCAUCAUCGAGACCGCGGUUGGGGGCUAUCUUGUCCGCCAAUAUGUCCACAGUUCCUUGUACGAUCGGUUGAGCACCCGCCCUUUCUUGGAGGAGAUUGAAAAGAAAUGGCUCUCCUUCCAGCUGCUCUGUGCCGUUCGAGAUUGCCACGCUCGCAAUCUUUAUCAUGGAGAUAUCAAGACAGAGAACGUGCUCGUUACGUCGUGGAAUUGGCUUUAUCUCACAGAUUUCUCUGCUUCGUACAAACCAGCAUAUCUACCUGAGGACAAUCCGGCAGACUUUUCAUUCUAUUUCGACAUGUCAGGGCGACGUACCUGCUAUCUCGCACCCGAACGUUUUCUUGUUCCCGAUGCUCAACCGCAGGGUGAAGGGAUCGUGACAUGGGCCAUGGAUAUCUUCAGCGUGGGAUGUGUUAUGGCCGAGCUGUUCAUCGAGUCGCCCAUAUUUUCUCUAAGCCAGAUUUUCAGAUAUCGACAAGGCGAGUAUGAUCCUGCACAUUCUCAUCUAAGCAAGAUACAGGACAAGGAUGUUCGGGAUCUCAUUGCCCACAUGAUACAACUAGAUCCAAAUUCUCGCAUGUCUGCUGAGGACUAUCUCGAGCAUUGGCAAGGCAAAGUUUUCCCUCACUACUUCUACGGUUUCCUCCAACAAUACAUGCAUUCCAUCACGGACUCUUCAUCUGGACGUAAACCGGUCACCACAGCAACAGAACAUCUCGGUGAACCGGAUGAACGAAUAGAACAAAUCUUCGGCGACUUCGAUAAAAUAUCCCACUUGCUCUCAAACAAUGAAAGUGAUCUCGCUUCACGACCUCAGCAUUCACCUCCUGAGCCUAACGCGAAGCUAUUUCCGCUCUGUAUCGAUAUUCCAAACUACCAGCACCAGGCCACCCCCACGCCAAGUUUGGCUGUAGACGACGGCAACCUCAUCUUUUUGACCAUCAUCGUCUCUUGUCUACGAGGCACAGCAAGGGCAUCGGCGAGACUUCGAGGCUUAGAGUUACUCCUAGCCUUCGCAGAACGUCUCACCGAUGAAGCUAAACUGGACCGUGUUGUACCGUACGCGGCAUCCUUGUUGACUGACAGGUCCGAACAGGUAAAAAUAGCGUCUUUGCGGACUAUGACGCAGAUUCUUGCCAUGGUCAAUGUUGUGUCGCCUAUCAAUGCCUAUGUGGUGCCUGAAUACGUUUUGCCGCGACUGGAGGCCUAUCUCCCCAACUCCGCCGAAACAUCUCCACUUGUACGGAUGCAUUAUGCUUGGUGUAUUGGCCCACUAGCGACUACUGCAGCACGCUACAUUGACAUUGUUCAAGCCCUGCGCGCCGGGGGCACGCUACCUGUCGCGGACCCUGGAGCAGAAGAAGACCUAACGUCGUCGGCUCAUCGGAACCAAUUCGAUUCGGAUCGGCAAACUCUUGUCAACGCUUUCGAAGACCAUACAAAAGCACUCCUCACCGACCCGGACGCAGCUGUGCGCCGCGCCAUGCUCAAAUCUGUAGCUGAAUUGUGUGUUUUCUUUGGCAGCCCAAAGGCGAACGACGUUGUGCUGAGUCACCUGAAUACAUAUCUGAAUGAUCCAGACUGGAUGCUCAAGUGCGCGUUCUUUGAAGCCAUAGUUGGAGUUGCGGUAUUCGUCGGCGGAGCGAGUCUUGAGGGGUAUAUUUUACCAUUGAUGGUGCAGGCAUUGACCGAUCCCGAGGAGUUUGUGGUCGAAAAGGUGAUUCGGGCUCUGUCCUCGAUCGCAGAGCUUGGCCUAUUUCAAAGAUCAAAAACAUGGGAACUGGUCGAUAUAGUAGCUCGUUUGACUAUGCAUCCCAACAACUGGAUCCGAGAAGCAGCAGCCCAGUUCAUUUCAGCGGCUUCCAAGUAUCUGUCUGUGGCGGAUACUCAUAGUAUCCUGGUCAACUUGAUUCGACCUUAUCUCAAGGUUGUACCUUCCGAUUUCACGGAGCUGCGGAUACUUGAUGCUCUCAAACGGCCACUACCCAAGAUAAUCAUAGAGAUGGCAUCGAAUUGGGCUGGCUCAUCACCCAAAGGCCUAUUCUGGGUUCCCGCAAAACAGCAACAAACCUUCAGCUUCGCUUCCUCAGAAGACACGCUACCAAGCAUUUUCGGGAGAGAACUCGACCCAAAGGUGCUCCUGCGAAUGCAAAAGAAUGAAGAAGACGAGGUGUGGAUAAAGAAAUUACGGAACGCUGGCAUGUCAUCAGAAGACGAUUUCAAGCUUGUUGCCCUGCGAGAGUUUGUUUGGAGAGUAGUUCAUCGUCGACGAAUGGAUGCAGGAGUCACUAGUACAUCCAAGUUUAACAGCAUUGUCGCACUCAAAGAUUUGAGUAUUCAACCUUUGACAGUCCUUUUCGAAAAUGCACGUCAUACAAUCGAGCAGACUCGCAAAACCGGGUCACAAGAUCAUGAUUACCAACCAAAGACGAUCCGAGAUGCGCUACUAGAUGCAUCCACAACCGACGCCGACGUACAAGCUUCGCGAAGAAUAGUUCACGCUGACACCCAAGCCGAACGAUUAGCUCGCGAGGAGGGCGGGCGCCGCCUAUCUAUCCCAGCACGCCCAAAACUCUCAUCCUCACCCAGCGGAUUUCGUUCUAGCUUGGACUCACCAUCAUCCGAAACUGCUGAUCCUCGACGACAUUCUUUGCAAGUACCUCGGGAAGCCGGAACCCACUCCCCAGUCGGAUCUUUGACAGGUGAAGACCAUACACGUUCCUUGCGUCAUCGGAGCAGUGCACUCAGUCUUCUCAACCGGGGAGACAAGGCACUGGCCGAGAUCGGGACUACAUCCGCAAAUGCGACAGGCAAAGUAGAUGGAAAUCACGCGCGGGAAGGUUCUCGUACUCGGCAACCGCCCUCACCAUUAGCUAUUGAACAUCGGCGAGAUAGUCCGUCGAGUGCCCGUUUUAGGGAUGCGCACAACUAUACUGGAAACGACCCGGCUGUCUUGAAGCUGUUGGACUCGAUGCUACUUGAGAGAUAUCCCUCAGGGGAAAUGGAAUUUGGACCACAAGUCCAGCUUCCUAGUCGACCCCAGCCCAUCAAACACAAAGACGCGCAUCCUUCUCCAACCGGGGUGCCAUGGCGGCCUGAGGGCACGCUUGUUGCAACACUGAGCGAACACACUGCCUCGGUAAAUAGAAUCAUAGUUGCUCCAGAUCAAAGCUUCUUCAUCACAGGAUCCGAUGAUGGCACGGUAAAGAUCUGGGAUACUUCACGCCUAGAACGCAAUGUGAGCCGACGUUCCCGGCAGACCUAUAGAUUGAGCGAGGGCGCCAAAGUCACAAGCCUGGUAUUCGUGGAGCAGACUUAUUCUUUUGUUGCUACAGGAAGUGAUGGAAGCGUGCACGUGGUUCGAAUGGACAGCUACGACGGCCACGACGGUAGCCGGAAGUUUGGACGUCCAAGGCUUCUCAGGGAGUAUCAGUUACCCGAUGAGGACCAAGCCGUGUGGUCAGAACAUUAUAACGAGGAUAACAAGUCAGUGUUGAUAUUAGCGACAAACACGUCUAGUGUGAUAGCACUAGAUCUGCGAACAAUGGCGGAAUUGUUCACACUGAAAAACCCGCUAGAUCACGGCACACCGACAUGUUUCUGUGUGGAUAGGAAGGCACACUGGUUGCUACUUGGAACCUCUCAUGGUGUCCUCGAUCUAUGGGAUCUGCGCUUCAAACUUCGCCUCAAAGCAUGGGUGUUCCAGAAUGCUGCUCCGGUCUACCGCCUCCACCUCCCUCGCGUACGCAAUCCUCGUCUCUAUAUUACCGGUGGAACGGGCCAGGGUGAAGUCACUGUCUGGGAAUUUGCAAAAUUGAUUUGCAAAGAGGUAUAUCGUGUAGGUGGCAGCAAAGACCAGGGUUCGAAGAGUACGACACUCCUGGAUAUGGACGACGAGAAAUCCGGUGGGAUGUUGGGUAGGUUUUCGACUUCGAUGCUACCGACCGCGAGCAGUAUACCAGAGAAGGGAAUCCGUGCGCUCGUGGUAGCUACGCAGGCUGUGGACGACAAGCCUGACUCAAAGAUACACACGUUCAUCCUGACUGCAGGACCAGACUGGAAGGUGCGGUAUUGGGAUACCUCGCGCCAGGAAGCUUCAGUGGUCGUGAGCGGUCUCGUCGCUGAUGAGUUGAAGCCGCAGUAUACCACCUCCCAGCCCACCCACGACACGACUAUUAUCACGGAGCGAUUAAUGCAGCCGCCUCCAGCUCAAAGUCCAAGUGUGAGGGAUGGGAACGGACGCGAAAGCAGAAGUUCCAGUUCGAGGCAAAGACCACCACAGAAGAGUUCAAAGAGUGGCAUGAUCAGUCUGCAGCAAAAUCAUCUGCUUAAAAGUCAUUUGGAUCAAAUUAUGGAUGUUGCGUUACUCGCUCAGCCAUACGGGAUGAUAGUUAGUGCGGACAGGUCGGGAGUGGUAUACAUGUUCAUGUAA